AUGCCUUACCAGCAGUUUUAUAGUGCUUGUGCUUGCUGCCGGCCCCGGAAAAGUCACCACCUGGCACCGCUGCCCGUCAUGCCGCUCCGCAAAGGCUUGCGCUGCUCCGCGGAAAGGCUUGCGCUGCUCCGCGGAAAGGCGUUGCGCUGCUCCGCGGAAAGGCGUUGCGCUGCUCCGCAAAGGCUUGCGCUGCUCCGCGGAAAGGCGUUGCGCUGCCAACAUGUAAGGGAAGUCAACGCUUCACCUCCUUCCCCUCCUCCCUCCCUUGAACCUCCUCCCCCCCCUUCCCCUCCUUCCCCUCCUCCCUCCCUUGAACCUCCUCCCCCCCCUUCCCCUCCUCCCUCCCUUGAACCUCCCCCCCCCCCUACCCCUCCUUCCCCUCCUCCCUCCCUUGAACCUCCUCCCCCCCCUUCCCCUCCUUCCCCUCCUCCCUCCCUUGAACCUCCUCCCCCCCCUUCCCCUCCUUCCCCUCCUCCCUCCCUUGAACCUCCUCCCCCCCCUUCCCCUCCUUCCCCUCCUCCCUCCCUUGAACCUCCUCCCCCCCCUUCCCCUCCUUCCCCUCCUCCCUCCCUUGAACCUCCUCCCCCCCCUUCCCCUCCUUCCCCUCCUCCCUCCCUUGAACCUCCUCCCCCCCCUUCCCCUCCUUCCCCUCCUCCCUCCCUUGAACCUCCUACCCCCCCUUCCCCUCCUUCCCCUCCUCCCCCUUCUCUCCCUACUGCUUCUGGCGGCACAUCCCCUCCUGCACCUGUCGGCUGUGUAGUCAAACAGCGGCGCAUAUGCCCGUGGGUGUAUGAGUCGACGCAAAAGUCUCCGUACCGCCCGCGGAAAUCUCGAGAACCCAAUGCCAACGCCUCCCCGUCUGUUCCCGAUCUUUCGAGUGAGGGGACUCAAAAGUCCCCGUACCGCCCUCGGCAAUCUCGAGGUGGCAAUGCCAACGCCCCGUCUCCUCUCGAGUUGCCGAAUGAUCCGACGCAAAAGUCUCCGCACCGCCCUCGGAAGACUCGAGAACCAAAUGCUAACGCCUCUCCGUCUGCUCCUGACGGGGCAGCUGAGGCGACUCAGAAAUCUCCGUACCGCCCUCGGCCGUCUCGAAGUGGCAAUGCCAAAGCCCCGUCUCCUCUCGAGGUGCCGAAUGACUCGACGGCGCAAAAGUCUCCUUACCGCCCGCGGCCAUCUCGAAGCGGCAACGCGAAGGCCGCGUCGUCUCCUCCCGUCGAACGGCCGUCAACAGGCGAACCAGCUCCCGCUCCCGGCGACACCGGCGAGGCUCCUCUACAGACGGGCGGGCCAGCUCCCGCUUUCGGCGACUCCGGCGAGGCUCCUCUACAGCUAGGGUUCCUCGCCACCCUUUCCAGGUCCAAGAAAUGGACCGACGACGACCUCCCAGCGACGGACGAGCGACCCAAAUCCGCCGCCGCGAACACCUCCUCGUCGCACGCGUCGCACGCGUCGCAAGGGCCGCGGCCAAGGCUGACGCGAUCGAACGCGUCGACCUCGCGCGCGCCGCCCGCGGAAGGAUCGAGCCCGCACAGAGCGGGACCGACGCCCGGCUACGUUCACGGGCACACGCACGUGCGCAAGCCGCGUCGCCUAGCAGCAGCCGCGUCAGUAUCUGGGGCGGAAAGCAGGGCGGAAGGCGGAGGCGACGGGGGACGGGAUGGGGGCGGCGGAACGUUAGCGGAUAUAGGCAGGCGGGGGAAGGCCUCCGCGUCGGUUUCCUCCGCGGGUGAGAGGGGGGGGAGGAAGCGGCUAGACGUAGGGGGAGGCGCAGGGGGAAGCGGAAAACUGGGCGGAAAGGGAAGCAGGAGUCUAACCCCCUUGAGCAGCGGCGCAACCACCCCCUCUAGCAGCUUCACCGACAAUGGUAGCGAGGCAGGCAGUGUGCGCAGCCGAAGCACCUUCCAGUCGUAUGAGAACGAGGAUGAUGAUGGUCAGUCGUAUGAUGACCUUAGUAGCCACGCGGAUUCGGAACUAGAGGUGAAUUUCGAGGAGGUUUUGGGUCCCGCGUCGGGGUUUGACUGGAUCACGAGCAUUAGUGCCGCGUCCACGCCUUCGUCUAGUUCGUCCGCGAAUAGGGUUACCAGGUUCGCGCCAAGCACGCCUCCGCACGCCCUGGCGUCUGGGUCGGAAGGGAUAGUGGGGUUGCAUUUACUGGAAGGGUUGGCUCCUCGGGGCUCUAAACGAAAGCAGAAUAAAAAGAAGGUGCUUGUAAGGAAGGCGAAGGAGGAGACGAAAAAGAUGGACUUUUGGGGGGAGGGAAGCGGGAGUGAGGAUGGGCGCGGGAUGGGGGGCGGGAGGAGGAAGAGCAAAGGGGGGAAGGGAGGAGGGGGAGGGGAGGGGGAGGAGCAUGCUGAGCGGAAGUUUGGGAGCUUGGGGGAGAGGAAGAGGCGGGAAAAGGCGGGGAGAAAGGCGGGAGUGGAAGAAGGGGAGGGGGCGGAAGGGGGAGAAGGGGGCGGGGGAAGGGUAGCGAGGGGAGGAAGGCGGGGAAGAAGGGGGGAAGAGGGGAAACAUGGGGGGGGAGGGGAAGAGGGGGAGGAGGGGGAAUCGGGGGAGCGGGCGAGGGGAGAGCGAGGGGGAAGGGAGGAAGGCCGGGUAAAGGGCAGGAGAGGGUACGGGGGGAGUAGGGCGGUGGCAGCAGCGGCAAUUCGUAAGGCUAGGUCAGGUGCUUCGCACGGCGGGGAAGGGGAUGGGAUUGAUUUGAGUGGUGGUGAUGGGAGGGACGAUGGGGCAUGUGAAAAUAGCUCGCUUGCUGCUAUGGGCAGGGCAAAAAAUGCCCCAAGCCGUAGAGGCUGGGAAGAGGACGAUGAUGGCUCGUUUAUUGCCCUGGGAAAGGCGAGACUUGCCCGAGAGGGUUCGUCGGGCAGCUUGGAAAAUGAUGCUCUGACCCCGACGAAACCCGCGGCUUUGCCUGGUUUACCAGAGGUAAAGAAGAGUUUGGAAGGAGAGGAGGAUUUGAGUAGGGUGGCAGGCGUGGCAAAGAAAUGGGUGAAGAAAGCAAAGGACGAUAAGCUGAAAAAGGGGAAGGAUGGGGAGAAGGGGGGAGAGAGUGAGGAGGAUGAGGAGGAGGGGGCGAUUGUAGGGUAUGGGACUCAGGUGAAAGACGCCAGAAGGGUUCCCCCUCUCCCCUUGCCUGGGUUCACGGUGAAGGGUCCCCCUCCCCCUCCUGGGGGGGCGUGGGGGGCAAAGCGCGCGCUGGUGGACUGGGGGGGCGUGACAAACGCGGAUGGCACCAUCUGGGCCUCGGAGCUUGACUUUGAUAUCGAUAUCGGGGAGUUGAAAAAGCAGUUUGAGCCCAAAGCUCCGGCUCCUUUCAAGAAGGCGGAGCAGCCGGUGAAGAAGCAAGUCAUCCGCAUUAUCGACAUGGGCAAGUCACGGAACGUGGAGAUCUCCCUUCGCAGCAUGAAGCUCCAUCCCCGCGACCUCGUGAUUGCAGUGUUGAGUGUGGACACGUCCACAAUAGGCGAGUGGUGUGACAGCCUGGUGGAGACUCUGUUGAAGUAUGGACCAGAUGACAAGGAGAAGAGGCUGCUGCGGGAGUUCAAGGGGAACGUGGAAGACCUAGGUCCGUGCGAGCAGCUAUUUCGAGCAUUACUGGGAGUGCAGCGCCUGGAGCCAAAGCUCAAGGUGCUGCAGUACAGGAUCUUUCUGGCAGAGCGGGCACCAGAGCUUGCAGACACGAUCAAGUUUGUGACUCUUGUCUCACAAAAGAUCCAAGAAUCCCAGAAGCUGCAGCAUGUGCUGCUGGUGGUGCGAGAUAUUGGCAACAAACUUAACGAGGGCACCAAGAAGGGCAAGGUGGUGGGGUUUGCAGCCAACGAUCUGAACAAGGUGGCCAACACCAAGGGCUUCAUGGCGUACCUCAUUAAGGUCCUGAGUCAGUGCCGACCCGAGUGGCUCUACUUCUGGAAGGAUUUCACCGAUGGCUCUCGGAACCUGCUGAACGAAGCAAUCAAGGUGGACCAAAAGGGACUGGCGGAAGUGAUAGGGGAGCUGGACAGAGGGAAGGUGCUUGUAGAGCGAGAGUUGAAGGAGUGUGAGAAGAUGGUUGAGGAGGAGAGGAAGAAGGAGGAGGAGAAGGAGAAAGAGAAGGAGAAGAAAGCGCAAGAGGGGGAGACUGGGGAGGGAGAGAAGGAGGAGGGCGGGAGUAAGGAGGGUACGGGAAAGGAAGGUGAAGGGGACAAGGGAGAUGGUGGGAAGGGCGGAGAGGGGGAGAAGGGGGAGGAGAAGGAGGAGAAAAAAGAGGAGAAAAAGGAAGAGGAGAAAAAGGAGGAGAAGGAGAAGGAGAAGGAGAAGGAGAAGGAGAAGGAGAAGGAGAAGGAGAAGGAGAAGGAGAAGGAGAAGGAGGAGGCGAAGCGGGAGGAGGAUGCACUGCCCUUGAAGCAUGCGGACACACAUCGAGCCAUGCAGCUGUUUUAUGAGGAGGAUGUUGUUAGAUGGCAUGCCAGUGUACACGGCCUCAUGGGCGAGAUGAACGCCAGUGCUGAGAAUCUCGCUCGCAAGUUUGGCUCGGACCCCAAGACAACCUCCUUUACACUCAUCUUUGGUGUGUUGAGGGAUUUCGUUGAUCUGUUCAAGAAGAAUUUAGUAGAGUAUGAGAAGAAGAAGGCAGCAGAGGAGGAGGCGACCAAAGAGAAGGCCCAACCCAAGGCUAAGGCGAGUGGGAAGCAGCAGCGGGAGCAGGAGGAGCAGCAGAAGGAGCAGGAGAAGCAGAAAUCGCAGCAGCAGCAGAAGCAGCAGGGGCAGCAGCAGGAAGCGGCUGCAAAAGCAGCGGCAGAAAACGAGGAGGAUGAAGGUGGGGAAGGGAGUGAGGAGAGUGAGGAGGAGGAGAGGGGAGGGAGAGGAGGUGGGGGCGGAGGUGGGGAGGCUACGCCGUUUGUGAGGGGGGCUACCCAGAUCGCGGGAAUCAACGGUGGUGGAGGCGCGAUGCGGUCCAACGUCACAUCAGAGGCCAGCAUAGGUACGCACAUCCACCAGUGGUGGCUGGGUGUGCCUGUAGUAACUGCCUCCAUCUUCGUCAUCUGUGUGGCUGUGUUCGUGGGUGACUUACUAAUCGGUUAUGACAGCUUCAGGGAGGUCUGCUUCUCGCCCUCUCUAGCACUGCUGCAUUGGCAAGUCUACCGCGCCCUCACCUCCAUCUUCUUCCACAAGGGACUCCUCCACAUCGCACUCAACCUCUCCACACUCCUCCCUCUCGCGUCCCCUCUGGAGCGCCACCUGGGCUCUCUCCGCCUGCUGCACGCGCUGCUGCUGCUCGCCUGCCUCAACUCCAUUAUCCACAGUGCCUUGGCGUUCUUGCCGGGAAUUUUGCUUGGCUGGUGGAGCUGGUGGGCUGGCGAGUGCUGCAUCGGCUUCUCAGGCGUGCUCUUUGCACUCAUCGUCCUGGACUUGCAGAUUGGAGGCGGCAGUCAAAGGAGCAUCUUUGGUUUCUUCACUGUGCCAACCGCCUGGUGA